AUAAAAAAGGUAACGUGGUGAUAAGAAAACAGAAGCAAUCCCUCCCCCAAGCAAACAUGACAGCAAAUGAGCGACACGCUUGCGCACUGAGGACUGGCUUGCUGUCCAUUAGAGAGGAAGCGAAUCGAGGCAAAGGGAAGGGAAUGGCCCUUGCCUGUUGACACAUGCGGGGGCAGCGCUAGCACAGUGACAGGUUGCCACUGAGUGCGGUACGACCACAAUACCGUAGCAUCAUCUGGACACACGACAAGCUGAGACCUACAAGAGAAAACAAAGCAAAGAUGGUGACGGUGGACGUGAAGGCGCUGGCGGCCCCCGUGGGCAUCGUGAGGAUCCUGGAGGUGAUCUUCACCUGCAUCUCCUUCAGCCUGGUGGCGUCCGUCACCGGCCACUCCACGGACUCCUUCUGGACUUGGUGCAUGUUCACCUGGUGCUUCUGCUUCUGCGUCACCAUCCUCGUACUUUUGCUGGACUUCCUGAGUCUGGGAUCCAAGUUGCCCAUCUCCUGGGAUGACUUCACCACCGCCUUUGCCAUGCUGGCCACGCUCAUGGUGCUGAGCGCAUCCAUCAUCUUCGCGACAGUCUUCACGUGCUCCAAAUGCUCCGAACUGAUCGCGGCGUGCGUGACUUCCUUCCUGGCCUUCGUCUUGUACGCCGUGGAGGUCGGCCUGACCCGGGCCAGGCCCGGCGAGAUCAGCGGCUUCCUGUCGACGGUGCCGGGUCUCCUGAAGGUGCUGGAGGCGUACGUGGCCUGCAUCAUCUUCGUCUGCUUGCAGUACAGCAACUACCAGCUGUACGCGGGGCUGCAGUGGUGCGUCGCCGUCUACUCCAUCUGCUUCAUUUUUGCGCUGCUGGUCAUCAUUUGCACCGUUUGCCGCCUGCUGGCCCUCUUCCCGGCCCCGUUUGAUAAAGUUCUCAUUGUGUGCAACGUGUUGGCCGUCUUGAUGUACAUCACCGCCGUGGUCAUCUGGCCGUUUUACAGCUUCAAGAAUCAUCCCCGACCGGCCAUCUGCUCUCUGUUCCCAGCAUCUUGCGCGUGGAAUAUGUUGGCCGUGGUCGCUUUCAUGACGUGCGUCAACCUUAUUGCUUACAUCGUUGAUACCUUUUAUUCCUUCCGGCUUGUCUUCUUUGUGAGCAGAAGCUAAAACCUAUGGUGUUACUCCACAUGUCUGCUUUGUACCUCAUGUUACACGCUGUGUGAAAUAAGAGUGGUAAAUAGAAAAUGCGUAUGCUUUUCCUGUAAGAACAUCCAUUGACGUGCUAGGAAUAGUGAGCAUAUGCACCACAUGAAUAAAACGUGA